UCUCCAUUUACGGGUAGUGUCCAUUGCCAGAAGGAAAUGGAACUUUGCUUCCACGGUUCCACCGCUCUCUUUCUCUCUCUUGUUUGUUUCUAAAUUCCGUCUGAAUAACCCUUUUCCGGUGGUGUUGGCGGCGGCAUUGUGGCUGUGUGAUAGCGAUUGCGGUUGUUGGUGACGUGUUUGUUUGUUUGUGCGGCUAGCAAUGGCGGUCCCUCUGACUGGCUCCGCCGCUCCGGCGUCUCUGUACGUCGGGGAUCUACAUCACGACGUCACCGACGGGAAGCUCUAUGAUCACUUCUCGGAGUUCAAGAGCAUCACCUCCGUUCGCGUUUGCCGUGAUUCCUCCACCGGCCGGUCCCUCUGUUAUGGUUACGUGAACUUCGUCGGGCGGCAUGACGCAAUGCGUGCUAUUGAGGUGAAGAAUCACUCUAUGCUAAACGGGAAAGUGAUAAGGGUUACGUGGUCGCAUCGUGAUCCCGAUGCAAGGAAGAGUGGAAUUGGGAAUGUUUUUGUCAAGAAUUUGAGUGAGUCAGUUGAUAAUGCAAAGCUUCAAGAGAUGUUUCAAAGAUUUGGGAAUAUUUUGUCUUGCAAAGUAGUCAUGUCUGAAGAUGGGAAGAGUAAAGGAUAUGGAUUUGUCCAGUUUGAGUCUGAGGAAUCUGCAAUUGGUGCUAUUACAAAGCUUAAUGGAUUUAGUAUUGGAGGCAAGCAGAUGUAUGUUGGUAAGUUUGUGAAGAAGAGUGACCGUGUCUUAUCCAGUCCAGACGCUAAAUAUACAAAUCUCUACAUGAAGAAUUUAGAUGCAGAUGUCACUGAAGAAGUUCUCAAGGAGAAGUUUUCUAGGUUUGGGAAAAUUCUUAGCCUGGUUAUCUCAAAAGAUGAUAAUGGGGCAUCAAAAGGUUUUGGAUUUGUGAAUUUUGAUAGCUCAGACGACGCCAGACGGGCAAUGGAAGCUAUGAAUGGGACAGAACUUGGCUCCAAGAUUCUCUAUGUAGCUCGAGCACAGAAGAAAGCAGAACGCGAGCAGGUUUUACGUCAUCAGUUUGAGGAGAAGCGGAAGGAACAAAUUCUAAAAUACCAGGGUUCUAAUGUUUAUGUCAAGAAUAUUGAUGAUGACAUAACUGAUGAUGAGCUUCGGAAACACUUCGGUCAGUGUGGCACAAUUACCUCUGCAAAACUUAUGCGAGAUGAUAAAGGAAUCAGUAAGGGGUUUGGGUUUGUCUGCUUCUCUACACCUGAGGAGGCUAAUAAAGCUGUGAACACUUUUCACGGAUACAUGUUCCGUAGGAAGCCACUAUAUGUGGCAAUUGCUCAAAGGAAAGAUGAGAGGCUAGUCCAGUUACAACUUCAGUAUGCACAGCGUAUUGCAGGACUUGCUGGCCCCUCAACUCUUUUUCCGGGCGGAUUUCCUCCUUUUUACUACACGGCUCCUCCUGGUGUGGUUCCCCAAGUACCUCCACGACCAGGCUUGAUGUACCAGCCUCUUGGCUUGAGGCCGGGAUGGAGGGCUAAUGGCUUUGUUCCUCCAACUAGACCCAGCUUGCAGCCAUCACCACUUCCAGCGAUCACUAAUUCACUAAGACAACAUAGGCAAAACAAGGGAAGGAUGAACGAACAUAUGAUUCCUCAGAGUGGUAGUCAUGCCAUUUCUUAUGUUCCACAUGUGCAACAGCCUUCUCACUCAGUGACCUCAAAAGAUGCGAGCAAUCAACAGCGGACCGGCCAGCCGAGAUAUGUGCCGAAUGGACGUGUACGUGAGAUGAACAAGGGGUCGGAGAUGUUGAGCAGCAGGCUUGCCGCUGCUCCUCCUGAGCAACAGAAACAGAUACUUGGGGAACAACUAUACCCUCUUGUCCAGAAACAUAAACCUGAUCUUGCUGCAAAGAUAACGGGGAUGCUUUUGGAGAUGGACAAUUCAGAACUGCUACUGUUGUUGGAGUCACCUGAGUCACUAUCUGCCAAGGUGGAAGAAGCCGUGCAUGUACUGAAGCUCUCAAAGACAAAAGUAUCCAACCAAGACUCUCUUCAUCCGGGAUAUCUGUCGACUGAGGUUACAGUUAAUUGAAAACACUAAUGUGUUUUAGAAUCCUUUCUUCUCUCAAAUGGAACUUACAUACUGCAACUAGAUUUCUGUUCGAGUGAGAUUUUUUAGUUCUUUCAUUGAACCAUCUAAUGUUUCCUUUUUGUAGUCUGAUUUACCAGAGAAAUAUUCUAUCUCAAGCAUUUGAUCUUUAUUUGCCGUAGAGAUCUGACUUGAUAACUUGAUUCAUGAGUAUCUACUACCUCUACUAUU